AUGGCUGCUCAAUCAAAGCCUGUUCUCUCCCCAUGGGGCAGCGCAGUUGCAGGCGCGACAGGCGCAGUCCUAGCCAAUGCUAUGGUAUACCCGCUUGAUCUAGUCAAGACGAAAUUGCAGGUUCAAGUCAAGUCCGAAGGAGGAGAGAAGCAUGAGGGAGUCGAGGUCUACGAAUCUACUAUCGAUGCGAUCACCAAAAUUACCGAGAAAGAGGGCAUUAGCGGGCUGUACUCUGGAAUUGCCGGCUCUUUGCUAGGAGUUGCCUCGACCAACUUUGCGUACUUCUAUUGGUACAGCAUUGUUCGAACUCUCUACAUCCCCCCCGGAACUGCGAUCGAAUUAUCACUCGGUGCUGUUGCUGGUGCCGUGGCCCAGAUCUUCACCAUUCCCGUCUCGGUCGUUACUACACGUCAACAGACACAACCCAAGGGAGAGAAGAAGGGCCUUAUUGAGACAGCCCGAGAGGUGGUAGAUAGCGAGGACGGCUGGUCCGGCCUGUGGCGCGGUCUGAAAGCCAGUUUGAUUCUGGUUGUCAACCCAGCCAUUACCUACGGUGCCUAUCAGCGUCUCAAGGAAGUCUUCUUCCCGGGAAAGAAUAACCUGAAGCCCUGGGAGGCGUUCUUCCUUGGCGCCAUGUCUAAGGCCCUGGCUACCAUUGCCACUCAGCCUUUGAUUGUUGCUAAGGUUGGCCUUCAAUCCCGCCCACCCCCAGCCCGGAAGGGCAAGCCCUUCAAGACAUUCGGCGAAGUUAUGAAGUUUAUUGUUGAUAACGAAGGCCCAUUGGCUCUCUUCAAGGGUAUCGGCCCACAGAUCACAAAGGGUCUGUUGGUGCAAGGUCUACUAAUGAUGACCAAGGAGAGAAUGGAAAUCCUCUUUAUUGUCCUGUUUGCUUAUCUCACCAAGCUUCGGAAGUCGAAGCUGCAGAAGGCCGCAGGCGCAGUUGCUGAGCAGGCUAAGACUAGCCUGCCUGCUACUUUGAAAUAG